AUGUCUGGAAUCAUCGGUAACGCAAUUACGCCGUGUCCAUCGAGGUCGAGGUUCUCCGGUGAAAAUUACAGCGGUAGCGAUACGUUCGACAGCUUGAUUGACGACGAUACGCAAUGCGAUGCUACUGGGCAGAUCGAAUUCACCACCGAGAUAUGUGUACCGACUAUGACUGGAGGGCGACCUCGUCGUGCCAACGCCGCAAGGUCAGGCUUCCAAAUCCAUGACGAGGGGGUAGCGAAGCCACUCGAACCCGAUGAGAAACGAAAAAGACCAAAUGGAACAACAAGACUAUCUUCUGACCGCAAGUCAUCUUUGCUUGCCCAGCCCGCGCAGAGAUUUCGCCCCAAGACUAGUUUUGCUUCAAAUCCACCACAAACCAUGAGACAAGAGACGGAACCACAGCGAAGACCUGAACGAGUCGACUCGAACCCCAAAUUGCAGCCGUCCCAUAGAAUGGGCCCUGCACCAAGAGAGACAACUCAAAACCAUUCCCAACCCGAUCUAAAGAAAAAUAUGCGACGCAACACCGUCUACAUUCCGCCGGAUGAUCCCACCGUGCCCAGCGUUUUCAUGGGGCUGUUCAGUCCUCUGAAGAGGCAACAAGGCGUGACUCCCUCGCAGGUCACGGAAGACAAACAAAUCAAUACUCUCGAAGCGCGGAUAGCAACUCGCCAGGCAAGAAAGUCAUUGGCUGUAGCUGCGCGAAAAGCCCCGCUGCAAGUAAGCGCAAAGAUUGCACAGGAAUCCGCAUUUAUGGUUGAUGUUGCUGGCAAAAACGGUGGGAAGGAAAACAUUCCUCCCGGUACCCUUCUCCAGAAGAAAACUAGUACCCAAACUAAACCGCCCCUUAAAUCUCGAACCAGCAACAUAUCAAUCUCCAAACAAAAUCCUAUCUCUCGGACUGUUCGAACAGUUGAAGUUGUUCCCGUGAUUGCUAAACCUUCUUUGCCCAAGCGUGGUAUACUUGGCGAAAAGCAGAGGAACACUAAGUGCUCAGCAGGCAUCAGCGGUAACAGAAUGGCAGAGUCCAAGGGACCACUACCAAGUGCAUCACUCAAUGCUCGCGCAUCAACGUUGUGCAGUCGUCGCGCUCGCUCUGGGUCAAAUUUGGCUUUGAGUGCCCAGCUUGCGUCGUCCAAGCUGAAAGGGCUGAACCAUGACCACCCAAAGCUGACUGAGGAUUUAAAAAAGCCUGCACUCUAUGAGGACGACUGGCUCUCACACCAGGAGACUGUGAUUACUCAAUUGGCCAAUGCUUUGUUCGAGCACUCUAAUGGUGCCUCCGCUUCCUUUGAUCAGGAUUCCCUUCGGCUGGAACUUCUCGAGCUUUACCAUACCGACUUUUUUAUCCAGCUCUACAAAAGACUUCAGGCCUCUUUGUCUUGUGGUACCCUUAGCGUUUCUGAGCAUGCUCUUGCGCGCAAUGGGCGUCUCAGACAAGACAUCGGUCUUCGCCGCAACUUUCUCGACAUCUGGAUUCAUUCAUACGACCUCCAUGUCUUGACAGCGGCGGCGGAGACGGUUAUCGGUCGAAAGGUUUCCAAUGAACAGGACCUGUUCGCCAACAGCAUGGAAGCCGAGAAUAAUGUAAGGGGUAAUAAAGCUAUCAUUCGGAAAUUGGAAAAAUUUUUACACACUUUCUUGUUGCGAAACGAAGAUCUUGAUCCAGCUCCACCGAGUGAAAUCCCUACAGAAGUUCAGGCCAAGGCGUAUCGUCGCACAGUGCUCCGAUGCAUCAUGUUGGUUGUUCUUCUAGAUCGGGCAAGACUAUCUGCGGGCUCUAGUCUUCCACGCCAGCUCUUUCUACCAUCGUCUGCCCUGAAAUCCUCGAUCGAAGUACUUCAAGCAUUGACACGGGUGUUAUUGCCCUCUUCUGGUGACAUUUUGAAGCCAUUGAGCCAUCUUGGUUGCCGCCUAUCUUACAAACAACAUCCACUGUUGGAGUACAAUUACCGGAUGGACAACAUUGCAGUGGAUUUGAGAGAUGGUGUUCGGCUUACUCGACUUGUCGAAGUACUUUUCAUCACAUCCAGCCGUACUCAUGAUAGCGCGGACCAGACUGAAGUGACCCUGAACACCGGAGAGGCUCUUUCUCUCCUUGGUGACCACGCAGAUGUUCCACUGUCAAAGCAUCUGAAGUAUCCAUGUGUCAGUCGGGCAGCCAAAGUAUUCAACGUUCAGUUAGCCCUGUCAGCCUUAGAAUCCAUCAAGGGCUCUGGUGCGAUUGUGAGCAAAGUGCAGGCUGAGGACAUUGUCGAUGGUUACCGGGAAAAAACCAUUGCUCUUUUGUGGGCCCUUGUUAGCAAAAAGGGCUUUUCGGGUCUCGUUGAUUGGGAUGAUAUCAGCACAGAGAUUUCCCGGUUGAAACGCAAAGCUCUCUCGGAGUUUGGCCCCGAACAAGUGAAAUGCGAGGCCUGGUUUACCGGCGAGCUUUUCAGUUACGUCGAUCAAUAUGAACACCUUCUCCAAUACUGGGCUGGGCUUUUGGCUGGUCUCCGAGGUCUUCAGAUUAACAACAUGUCGACCAGUUUUGCCAAUGGGCGAAUCUACGAAAUUAUUGUCGAUGAAUACGAGCCUUACAUUAUCAGUGUAGAAAAUCCAGUGGACCUCGGAAAAAGCGGACGAUCUGCUUCGGUGUCUUUGGAGAAACGCCUCGCGCUACUGGGCUGCAGCUCUCAAUUUGCUUGUCUAGUUUCUCCUAGCUCAACAUCUUCACACGUUCUCAAUCGAGACUUUACACUCGGUGCACUCGCCUUCCUCUGCUCGCGACUGCUUUCAGGUUCAAAGCGUGCUCGUGCCGCAAUUGUAUUGCAGCGUGCAUGGCGAGUCCGCCUAAAAGACCGUGAUCACAUCCGCCGUGCCAUAGCGAAGAACUUUGCUACACACUGCGCAGCUGUUGUCCAAACCGGAAAUGAGAUUUUGUGGGCAAAGGAGGUGAUCACUCGCUGGUGGAGACGAAUCCAAGCACAGAGGCAGGAAAGCCCCACACGGUCUCAACCCUUAUGCAAGCCUGGUCGGAGACCCGCCGGCCGCCUGUGA